GAUAAGUCUGAUUGUGGGAGACAAGAAGUUGUUUGUAAAUAUGGAAACAAGUGCUGGCAUCUUUUUGCAAAACUGCAGCAGUUUGCUUUGUAUGCGUCAAAUUUAGAUGCGACGACUAUUAGUGAAAGAUGGCAAGCACACCAUCAUCACCAACUCAGGUUUUUAUAGGAUGUAGAGAAGUUUGAGAAGGAGUUAAAUUUGCGGAGGAGUUUAUGUUAAAUGUUAGCUAUAGAUGCAUUUUUUGAAGUAGAGAGUAGAGAUAUCCAGGAUCCGUCUUUCCUCCAAGUCGUGUGGGGCUAAAUCUUAGUUGACUCAGACUUAACCAAGUCUCAGUCAAGUGACACAAUAUGUUAAAAAAAGAAAUUGCACGGAUCUCCACAUUUUCUCACGAAUAUAUCAUCGACCGAGUCCGUUUCUCCAAAGAAAAAAGAACGAGUGUGUCGCCCGCCUUAACCCAAACCGUGAGUCUGUAACGGCCUGCACAUGCACAUCUGGUCUUGGAUGUGAUCCUGCAUGCACUCUGCGAGUCACCACUAGAAGAUCAUAUCGCCCGUGAUGACCUCUCUGCACGGAGCGCGCGCAUGCGCGGGCUUAACGAAUCAAAACAAACUUCCGAUCGAUCAUCACGGCGCCGAUCUGCCAUUCUGGAGACCGCGAUGCAUUGCUCCGCCGUGUUCUUCUUCCUCCUCGUCCUCCCCCGACCCCGUCCAGCCGCGGCCGUCGGCGCGGGCGCCCCCGCCCCCGCCCCCGCCCCCGGCAGGAGCAUGAGCAUCACGCCGUCCCCCCUCCUGCCGUGCCUGGAGGAGGUGCUGCCGUGCACGGCGUACCUCAAGACGGCGGGCCGCCCCGCGCCGACGUGCUGCACCGCCCUGAGCCGCGCCGCGGCCACCGAGAUGCCGUGCAUCUGCCAGCUGCUCGCCGACUUCAACGUCACCAGAGAGCAGGCGCUCGGGCUGCCCACGCGCUGCCGCCUUCCCGUCGGCUGCCGCGACGACUCCGUCGGCAUGCCCGACCCAGUUGUGCAGGCGCCGCCGCCGCCGCCCGCCGCCGUUCGGACGGCGCCGCGCAAUACUCACGCCGGCGAUCCGUCAGGCGGCGACCGGUGCAGGACAGGAAGCGUCUGGCGCGCGGUCUGGACGAUGCUGUUUGGCGAGUUGUUCUCGAUCGGCGUGUUGCUUUAG